AUGCGUUUCUCAACCCGCAGCUCCGCGGCCGUCGCCGUCGCAGCAUCGCUCGUCAGUGCCUCGGCCCCGGCCCUAUCUCCCGUCGCCGAAAGGGGCCUCCUCAACCUGGACGCCUCCGACCUCUCCGACAUAUCCGCUCAGGUCAACCUCGAUGUUGACCUGAGCGGCAAGACCCUUGUCGCCGGCCUCCUUGCCGACGUUGUUGUCCCUCCUAUCGUGGGCGUUGGUGCUGAUGCCGAGGUCGCCAUUACCUGCGAAGAGUGCAAGGUCAGCGGUAACAUCAACGCUAGCAUCUCGCUUGAGAAGGUUGUUCCGGCCCUGCGCCUGGAAUUGAACGACAUCAAGGCCAUGCUGGACCUCGAUGUCUUCAUCGGUGCUGCCGCCACAAUCGCCGUCAACCUGGUGACUCCCGACAUCAAGCUUUCGCUUCCCCUGCCUGGACUGAACGUCGAGGCCAUGGUUUUCCUGGACCUCGUCCUCGGCGUCGAGGCUGAGCUCGACCUGUCCGCUGGCAUCUACGUCGACCUGGUCGAUCAGGCCGUCCUAGAGACCGACAUCUUGAGCGGCGAGAUCCUGAACGCUGCCUUUUCUGGCCUCGCCGUGAAGGUUCUUCCCAUUGAGGUCCGCAUCGGCUGCACCAAGCUCCUUGCCGACCUUCGUCUGCGCGUCGAGCUCGGCGUUCAGGCCGAUGUCGAUGUUGACAAGAUCCUCCCGCUCGACCAACUUCUCGGUCUCGACCUCCCCACGAUCGGUGCUGGGCUUGAGCUUAGUGUCUACGUCAACCUCCUCGAGUACAUUGGUCUCUUCUGCGCUGCUCCCAAGUGCCCGCUGGGUAACGAGGCCUACGGCCUGAACGUCGGUGCCAUUGUUGAGCUCGAUGUCGACGUGGAGAACCUCCUGUCGCUUCACCUUGCUCCCACCGUCUCCAUCCCGGUCCUCAGCAUUCCUACCUCGACCUUGUGCGUGCCUUCGUACACCGCCACCAGCUCAGCGUCAACUCUCACUGCCACGACUGCUUCCAGCACUGCCGCUAGCUCUAGCGCUGGCGCCGGCUCAUCAGGCUCAGUCACUGGUACUGCCACUGCCACCGGCACCGCCUCGACUGCUUCCAGCACUGGCGCUGGUUCUUCCACUGGCGCCGCUUCUUCCACAGGUGCCGGCUCUGCCUCUGGCUCUGCUUCCAGCACUGGUUCCGGCUCCGGCUCCGGCUCUUCCACUGGUGCUGGCUCCUCGGAGACUGCCACUGGUACUGCCGCGACCUCCGCUGCUUCCGGCAGCGAGACUGGCUCAUCCGGCUAUGCCACCACCAGCGGCUCACCAGUGACCACUGCGGCUCCCAGCGGAGGCGCCCAGAUGACAUCGACCUACACCAACACUGAGACCUUCACCAUCACUGCCUGCGCUGCCAACGUGCCCAACUGCCCUGCCGGAUACCAGACCACCAAGACUGUCAUCCACGUCACCUCGUACACCACGGUGUGCCCGGCGACCAUGACUGGUGCUAUCACGGCCACGCCCUCUCCCACGGCCACCGGCCACACCGGCCUGACCACCAUCACCCAGGUUGUUACUACCAUGACCCCUUGCUCUAGCAGCGUGUCGUCCACCUUCACUCCUCCCACCAACGUGCCCACCCCGCCUUACCCUACCGGUGGUGCUUCGGCUACCUCCCCGGCUGGUUCUGCUACCUACCCGGCGGGUGGUGCUUCCAUCGCCACCUACCCGGCUGGCGGCUCUUCCGAGACCUACCCUGCUGGUGGUGCUUCCACUGCUACCUACCCCGCUGGUGGUGCUUCUACUACCACUUACCCUGCUGGCGGCUCUUCCGAGACCUACCCGGCUGGUGGUGCCUCUGAGACCUACCCGGCGGGUGGUGCUUCUGAGACCUACCCGGCUGGCGGCCCUUCCGAGACCUCCCCCGCCGGUGGUGCAUCAACUGCCACUUACCCGGCUGGUGGUGCUUCUACUACCACUUACCCUGCUGGCGGCUCUUCCGAGACCUACCCUGCUGGCGGCUCUUCCGAGACCUACCCGGCUGGUGGUGCUUCCACUGCUACCUACCCCGCUGGUGGUGCUUCCGCUACCUACCCUGCAGGAAGCCCGUCUGCCAGCUCCCCCGCCGGUAGCCCCUCCGCCUCGUACCCUGCCGGUAGCGCCCCGGCCGGUUCCUCCAGCAGCGCUCCUGCCGGUUACCCCACGACUGCGGUCCCGCACCCGACCGCUCCCGCCUACCCUACUGGCCCGGCCGGCUACAACAGCACCAUCGCUCCUCCCCAAACCAUGUCGACGUACCAGCCCAGCGGCAGCAUGACCUACCCUGCCACCAGCGUGACUCUCCCCACCACCAGCAGCUACCCUAGCACCCCUGCUGCGACCACCCCGGUCCAGGCUGGUGCAGGCCGUGUCAGCAGCGGUGUCGCCGGCAUGUUCGCCGUCGUCGUUGCUGCCGUUGCCCUGAUGUAA